AUGCUUCUCUCGCUACCUCCUGAAACAAUCGAGAAGGUGGUGGCCUUUGUCGCAUCUCAAGAAAUCGUCGGCGGCCCACCCCCUGGUCUCUUUGCUCUCAUGCUAACGUGCCGAUACAUGCAUUACCUACUCUCUCCUGAGCAUAAUCCUGGCAGGUUCUAUCGUCUAUUCCAUGACCGCUUUGAUCUAGCCGCACCUCAAAGACGGGCGCAUUGCUUACCGUCCAAUCCGGUCAUGUUCUCUACUGAGGCUCGACAACGCUUCGCGUCCUUAAAGCUUAUUCGGGCGAGAAGGUUCAAUCAUCCCGAGAUGUUGAGAUCCCUACUUGUUGCGUAUGUGAUGAUAUCGGAGGACGACGGCACCAACGGGAUGCACCUGCGAUGGGCCGGUUUGCGGGAGUUCCUUCAAACGUAUCUCAUGCGGGGCGAUCCUGGUCCCGAUCUCAACGAUGUGUGGUCUCUCGCAGCGAUUCUGCAGACUCAAUGGUCGUUCUCAGACAGUCUACGCUCCGAGAGCGAAGAUGAGCGGGACACAAUGCUCUCCUUACUAGACCCACACCUCUUCGGUCAACUUCAUAACAAACCAGUUUUACACCACGGCAGCUGUAGCAGCUCGUCCUCCUCUCCGUGCAUGUCCGAAGCUUCGUCACGGAAACUUGCUAUCUCGCAAUUCGGACAUUCAAUCGACGUCAACACGCCUGCCAUUGCCCCGUAUGCAAUACUCUCUUUCGUCCUGCGUGUUGAGCGUUAUAAACUGGCGAAUCCUCAAAAUGUACCGUCGGCCAGAAGCGAACGUCUAGGCUUUGGCCCGACUAAAGAGGACUUCGACCAGUAUAAUGCCGCCUGCCAGACCCACGCCGUUUCUGAUUCUUCUCCGAUACAGUCUACGUCUUCCCAGAAUGAUGUGGACUGGGCACGUCUGAUCUACAUGAAUGCAACACUUCCUUCAGGAACAACCGUGCGACCAUUCAGGAUUGGUGCCCUAGCGGGCUCCUGGGACGGUACGCUACUGCUACCCUCUCUGCAUCCUGUCCAGUCGGAUUCUGAUCCACCACGUGGUCUGGGACCGGUCGAAUAUCUGUCUCGCCAGCCCAUCGCGCUGGAGCUGCACGAGCACUACAGUUAUUCCCCUCUAUCUCCGAACGUUUGCUGCAAACAGGCUUUCGAAGCCGAAUAUGUCGGUCCACCGGUUCUCUGUGAGUGCGCCCUGAACCUGCAUGGGCAGUGUCUCGAGAACGACGCCCGUUUAAGUUCUCGUGACACAUCUUGCCCUGCUUCUGUCUACACCUGUGACUGCAUACAUGAGCUUAAUGAGUCCGCGGUCACUGAUAUCUCUGUGACUGGAGUGACACCUCCGGACUUUGGAGCGGCUUGGGGGGCAUAUAGAUUCAAAGGCAGGGUUAGGAUAUCUGAUGGACUCAUUGUUCUUCGUAGAGAUCCGAUUGGAUCUAGUGCAGCCUCACCCGCGUGGCUAUUUGGAUACGUUCUGGGCUCUCGUCAGCUCGUUGGUAGAUGGCACGUGGGGAGCCCCGGGACUGAGACGCCAUGGGAAGGCGUUUUCGGGCUAUGGAAGUCCGUGACGUGA